AUGUGGAUAGUUUGCUUUACUUUUCUUUAUACCUUUUUUGGUGGUUUAAGUUAUGGUAAUAAAUUUAAAAUAUCAUCAAAUGCAUAUAAAUCUACUGCAAGCAAAUUAUCACUAUAUUUGGACUUAAGAGGAGACAAGGAAUUAUAUAAUAAUACUAAAAAAGAGUAUAAUAACAAUAAAAGGAAAAAUGGGAAAGUUUCCAAUUUUCAAAUUGAUAAAUAUAAAAAAAAAGUAGAUAAAUUAAAAAAUGAAGAUGAAACAAAAUCAUAUUUAUCUAAGAAUGCAUUAUUAGAAAACAUGAAAAAUUCUAUAAUUAGAGCAAAAUCCCCACAUUUGGUAAACAUAAAAAAAAAUAAUCCAUAUUUAUUUGAAAUGCAUAAUAUCAAAGAAAAAAAAAUAAAGAAAGAAUUGAAUAAUAUUACAAAUUCUUUUAUUCAAACUAGAAACGUAUUAUCUGUUCCAGGGUAUAUUUUAAGUGGUUACAGUUAUUUUACUAUGGAUAUUGAUGAAAUGUAUACUAGAGUAAAAAAAUUUUACAUUAAAGCACGUACUUAUCAAAGCCUUCAAUCUUAUUUUAUACUUCGUGAUUAUACUAAGAAUAAAUAUAUAAAUUUAGCAGAAAGAAUUAUUAAUGAAUUAAUUAAAAAGACUAAUGAUGCAAUAAAUUUCUAUGAAUCAGCCAGAGAUGAUAUGAGAAAAAGACUAAAUAAUUUACAACAACUUCAAAAUAACACAAAGCAGAAUUACUUAUAUAAUAUAGAGCUUGAUGAAUUUAAUAGAAAAAAAGAAGAAAAUAUAGAUAAGGCAAGAGACCUUCGUGAUAGUUGUAAUAUUAUAAAUGAAAAAGCUUACGAAAUAAUAAAAUCUUGCAUAGUUUCUUUGGGUGCUUCUAAAGAUUUAAGAAGCAAUUAUAAGAAAGAAAUUGAAAAUUUUGUAAAGAUGAGUAGUUCGAAUAAUAAAGAUCAUGAAGACUUUUUAAAGGAAAUUGAAAAUUUCUUGAAUACUGAUAGUAAUAUAGUAAAAUUUAAACAAGGAAAAUUUGAUCAAUGUAAUAUUAAAUAUCAAAUUAAACCGCUAAUAGAAGAAAUUUCUGACAUUGAAGCAAUUUAUAAAGAAAACUUAAGUGUUAUUAAAAAAAAUCAAAAAAUAGUAUUAGAUAGAAAUAAUUCUAGAAAUGAAUUGGAUAAAUUCCAAUUGAAUGCAUAUAAUAGUUGGGAAAUUGUGCAGCUGGUAUUGAGUUCCACUGACGCCUUUUAUUCAAUUCAAAGUUCAGAAGAAUGGAAUUUAAAAUUAAGAGAAAAAUUUAAAAACAAAAAAAAAGCUAUUUAUGAUUUAUUCUUAGACAUAGCAAAAGAAUUAGAAAGAAAAAUAAAUUCUCUAGUUUAUCCUGAAGAAGUAGAAUCAGAAAGUGAAAAAAAUAUUUUAAAUUCCAAAGAGAUAUUAAAUAGUGUAGAAUUCACAAUGACUGAAAAUUCAAGAAGUUUAGAAGAAUUAUCAAAUAAUUAUCAUAGUGCAACUUUUUCUGGCAUUAAAAAAGAUCUUGCUGAAUUGUAUGCUGAAGUAAUCAUAUAUAAUAAUAGUAUGGUAGAUAUAUUUAAUUCUAUGAAUGAGAAAAAUAAUUCUAACGAAUAUUCAAAGGUAAAGAUAAAAAAUAUAAAAAAUAAUAAAGUAUCAAUUCAAGAAAAUAACAUAGGAAAUACUAUAGAUAAUCUAUCAAAUGUAAAAGAAAAUAUUGAAAGUGAAAUAACACUGGUAAAUAGUAGAUUUAAUGCGUUAAAGCAAAAUUAUGUAGAAAUUCAAAAUUUUAAAGAUAAAAUUGAUCAAUUAAAAACAAAAAUACAAGAAAAAAAUAGUGAAAUCCAAAAGUUAAAGAGAGAAGAAGACAAAAGUAAGAAAAUAACAAUAGGGGAGAUUAAGAAAGAAUUGGAAAAAAUGAAUAGAAACAUAACAUAUCUGAACAAAAUUAUGAAUUUAAAAGAAAAAGAAAAUGAAGAUCUUAAGAUAAUUGAAAAAUUAAUUAAUGAAGCAUCAUGUGAUAUGAGUAAAUACAUAGAAAGAAAAAAAAAUGCAAAUGAAAAAAUUAAUUUAGCACUAAAUGCCCUAAUUAAUAAUGGGAAACUUGAAGCAUAUAAAGAAAUAUUACAUUUUGUAGAUGAAAAAAAAAGAUUAGAUUAUGCUUCAUAUGAUUUUGAUAAUGUUAAUGAAAUAUUAGAAGAAGUAAAACGAAAAUCUACUAAAAUAGAUAGUAUUAUCAGCGAAACUACAUCUAUUAUGCAGAAUAACGUAGAACCAGAAAUAAAUCAAAUCAAUCAACUUAAAAAUGAUGUUUUAAUCAAAUUAACUGAAGAUCUAUACAAUAAAAUGAAAAAUUCAUUUGAAAAUUUUAGUGAGAUAUUGAAUUCAAUAUUUAGAAGUAUAGCUAAAUAUGAAAAAAAAAAAGAAAUACUAAAAAGUUAUGAGCAUCAUAUAAUGGAAAAAAAAAAAGAAUUUUUAAAUAAAUUCGUUGAAGAAGAUUAUGAAAUUCCAAAUGGAGAAAAUAUUCUUCAAGAAAUUACAGAUCUUCAAUCAACUAAUUUUAAUGAAAAAAAUGAAAUAAAUAAACAAAUUAUUAAUGCACAAAAUAUUGUAAGUACUCUAAAGGAACAAUUAGGAUUAUGUAAACAUAUAGAAAUAUUUUUUGAUAAUCUCAAAGACACUAAAAUUGAUAAUUUCAAAGCUUUAAAACUACGUAUUAAUGAAGCAAAAAUAGAUAAUUUAGAUGAAUACCAGGAAAGAUUUAAUGGUAUAGUUAGUUCAAUAGAAAAUAGCAUGGAAAUGAUUAUUUUCUUAAACAAAGUUAUAGAAGCCGUUAAAAAUUUAAAUAAUGUUAUAAAUGAAUCUAAUAAGAACUGUGAUAUUAUUAAGGAAUUAAGUAUAAAUAUAAACAUUAUAAAAGAAAAAAUAGAUGAAGAAAUUGAUACAAUUAAUAAAGAGACUUUAAUAGAAGAUGACAUAAAAAACAAAUUUUUGAUCAACUUAGAAGACAAAAAAAGAGCUAUAGAGAAUAAAAAAAUAAAAAUUGACAGUUUAGGGGAAGAAUCAAAUUCAUUAUUAACAUCUUCUGAGAUUUUAAAAGAGGGUAUUGCUAAUAUUAAAUAUAUUGGAGAUGUAAAACCCUAUUUAGAAAAUGCAUUAAAUAAAAAAAGAGUGAUGUUAGAUAUUUCAAGUACAAUAAAUGAUAUAAAAGUAACAAAUGAUAUUUUGUAUAAGGAAACAGAUGAUAAUAUUAAAAAUAUAAAGACUCAAAUUGUAGAAUUAAUAUAUGGCCACAUAAUUAAUUUGAAUCAAGAAAUAAAUAAUGAAAUAAACAGAAAUUUGAAUAUUUUAAAUAAAACAAAACAGGUAUUUGAAAAUUUCAGUUUUGAAAUUAAUGUAGAAAAAGAUAAGAUAAAUAAUAGCAAACAAAAAAUAAAUUCAAUAACACAAAAAAUUAACGAACUAAUAAAUAAAAUUAAUGAUAAUAAAGAAAAAUUAAUAGAUAUUCAAAGAAAAUCUAAAGAGCAUGUUGAUAUAGUUAAUAUAAUAAAAGAAAAUAAUAAAAAUUUAAAUGACAAAAAAAGCGAUAUGAAAAAUCAUUAUGAAGAAAUUAAAAAAAUCUUGGAUGAAUUAAAUACAGUAAAAAAAGAAUUAGAAUCCUUAAUAAAAGAUAUGAAGGCGUCAAAAUUAGAAUAUGAAAGAGCAAUAGUAUGCGAUAUUGUGCAACUAAUAAGUGAUGAAAAAAGGAAAUCCGAAGAAGAAAUGCUGAAAAUUGAUGAAUAUAGAAAUAAAAUUGAAGAAUUAAAAAAAAACUCAGAAUUCACAGAAAAUGAAUCAAAAAGUUUUAAUUAUGAAGAAUAUCUUAAUAAAGCUAAAAAAAAUCAAGAAAAAAUAGAUGAAUUAGAAAAAAAAGCUAAUAAAUUAAAAGAGGAGGCUUCUAAUUCUGAAAUAGAAAGUAUUGAGAAUAUAAAAAUGAAAGUUGAACAAAAAAUAAAAGAUAUUUUGAUUUACAGAAGUGAAAUAUGUGAUGCAUUAAAUGAAAUCAAAAGCAUGGAAAAUUUGUUAAUGAUGAACCAAUUUAAAAGCAUUGUGGAUGACUUAAAAGAGAAUAUAAGGAAGGCCAGAGAAGAGAAUGAAAAUUUAAAAAGUGAGCUUAAAAAAUCAGACAGUACAAAAAAUUUAAUAUUAGACAAUUUUCAAAAAGCAGAACAAUUAAAAAGCUUAAUUAUUAGUAAUUCUGAAGAAAAUGUUAUUGAUGAAAAAAUAGAUGAAAUUAGGAAAAUUAAAGAUGUUAUAAUAAAUAAUAUAAGAAAUAUGGGUAUAUUUUCAAUAGAAGUUGAAAAAAGUAAAGGGGCAUCCGCAUUAUAUUUUCAUAAUAUAGUAAGAGGGAAAAAUAAAAUAGAUUAUUUGAAAAAUCAUAAUCAAGAUAAAGAGAAAAAUAUAACAAAAUACAUUAUUGAAGAAGUAAAUGGAUUCGUAAAUGAGUCUGAAGGUUAUUCAAAUGGGGCGAAUAGAGAUGCACAAACUUUUAACGUAAGUCAUGAAAUAAUUUCAAAGUAUGAAAAUAAGAUUAGUGAUCUUUUAAACGAAUCUUUAAUUUUAGCAAAAAAAAUAAAGAUUGAAAAAACAAAAAAUGAUUCAAAAAGAACUCUGAAAGAAAUCCAAGAUGAUUAUAUUAGUAUUCAGAAAUCAUUGGAAAAAUCAAAGGAAAAAUUAAACGAAUUGAGUAAACAAGCUAAAAGCGUAAAAAAAGAUAAUAAUGAAGCAAAUAAUGAAAAAUCCAUAAUUGCACUUAGAGAAAUAGAAAUGAUCAAAACAGAUAUAAAUAGCGUUCUAUCAUAUAUAGAAAUAAUAAAAAAAGGCAGAAAACAUGUUCUGAGUAUAGAUGAAAAUAAAGUGGAGUUGCUUUCAACACUUCAUGAGAGUGAAGAAAAUGAUUUAUUGGGUAGAUUAAAAAAAGAACAAAAUAAUUUAAGAAAUGCUUUAGAAAUUUUAAAAGAGAUUAAAGAUGAAAAAAACCUUUUAAAUCAUGAAUUUCAUAAAUUAAUAGACAUAGAAAGUAAAAUUAAUAGUAUAGAAAAUAAAUUGGAAGAUAAUAAAAAAUCUUAUGAAGAAGGAAUUUUGCAAGAGAUUAAAAAAUUGGCUGAUCAAGACAAGGAACAUAUUGUGUCCAUGAAAAAUUCAAUAAAUCUAAUGAUUGAUACUUCAAACUCUCUUUUUAACAAAUUUAAAUUAAAUGAAAAUGAUAUACGGCGACAAUUUGAAGAUUAUGGAAGUAAAAUGAAGGAAAUAGAAAAUAAUUUUAAUGAGUCUUAUAAAGCAAUUGAAAAUUUUUUAGUAGAAGUUAUGAAAUCCUCUACAAGUUAUAACGAAGCAAAAAACAAAAGGAAAGAAUCUCAAAAAGAAAAAAAAAACCUCCAUGGAAAAAAAGAGGAAAUGAAAACAUUAUUGAAUAGUAUCAGCAAUAUUAAAAAUAUCUUGAUUUUUAAAUUAAUAACUAAUAUGAAGAAAGAUUUAAAUAAAAUGAAUGAACUUUUUGAGAACGAUUACUCAAAAGUGAUAGAAUAUAUUAAAGAGAUAAAAAAAAAAGUUGAAAAUAUAAAAAAUUCAGAUGAUGUUAAUGUUGCUUUAAAUGAUUUAGAUAUAGCAAAAAAUAAAGUUAGUGAAAUAAAAGAAAUUAAAAAAAUUUAUUUUAGUUAUAAAAACAAAGCAGAUAUAAUAUAUGGUAAUUUGAUUGAAAUAGCAAAAUUUAUUGAUACUAAUAGAGAAACAAAACCAAAAUUAGAAGAUUAUAAUACUAUUAACAAUUCUAAAGAAAUUGUUUCUAAAAUACUAAAGAAUUUAGAUGAUAUAUAUGAAAAAGAAAAGGAAAGUGAAAACCUCUUUACAAAAGCUAAUAGUUUUUAUGAACAAGUAAAGUUAAGAGAAGAAUUAAAAAAAAUAAUUAAUGAAACAAAACAAAAGAUAGAUGAAACUUUGUACAAAAUAGAAUCUACCUUUGAUAAAUUUAAAAAAAUAAAAGAACUAAGUGUUGAUGAAAUAAUUUAUGAUGAAAUCUUUAAAAAUUAUAUAGAUCAUAAGAAUUUAAAAGAACUUACAAAUUCAUAUAGGGAAAAAUCUAGUAAAAUAAAAAAUGAAUUAAAAAUAGAUGAAAUGAAAAAAAGUAUUGAUUUUAAUAAAAAAUCUUUAGAUUAUAUAAAAAAAACUGUUUAUACAACAAAAGCAAGUGAAUCUUCUAUUAAUAUAUUGGAUCAAGCAAGAUUUGAUAUCAUUACACUUAUAAAUAAUGUAGAUAAUGCAUAUAAAAACACUUUAGGAAUAAAUUCAUCCUAUAAUGAACUACUGAAAUUAGGAAAAAAUUGCAAAUUAUCUUUGCUUUUCUCAAUUGUUUCAUCUCUUGAUGUUGAAAUAUCUAAAGACACAUUAAUAAUUCAAAGAAAAAAAAAUGAUAUUGAAUUAAAAGUAGAAUAUAUAAGAAAUAAUUAUGUCUCCAUAACUAGAGACAUCAGCAUUUUAAAUGAGUAUUCGAGUAAAAAUCAAAUUAAUAAAUAUGACUCAAAUAAUGUUGAAGACGUAAAUCAGUAUAAAGAAAAUUUUAAAGAAAUGGAACAAAGAAUAAUGGAAACCAUUGGUAGUAUAAAAGAAAUAUUUUUAACUAUAAAUAAAAAAAAAAAUGAAAAUGAUGUUAACAAAUCUUUAAAGGAGUUGAAAGAUCUUUAUAAAAAGUUCAAAAAUGAAAAGAAAGAUAUAAACGAUAUAUAUAAAAAUAUAAAUAAUGUAAAACUAAAAGAAAUGGAAAAAGAAGCUCAAAAAUUAGUUGAAAUAUCAAAAUUAUAUAAGAAUAUAAUAGAUGUUGUAAAAGAAAAAUUGUUAGAUAAUGGAAAAAAGUUAAAGAAAAUUGAAGAUUCUAUAAGAGAAAGAGAACAUGAAUUAUUUCGUAUUGAAUAUGUAUAUGCACAGGAAUAUAUUCAAAAAGUAAAUAAUAUUUAUGAAGAAGUUACACAUGUAAUUAGUAAAAUAAGUGAAUAUGAAAAUAACAAGAAUGAAAAUAAUAAAAUUAUGAAGUAUGAGAAACAUAUUGUACAUUUAAUAGAAAAGACAAAAUUUUUAUUAGAAAUAGCCGAAUUAUAUCAACAUGAAAAUGAUUACGAUUUAUCAGAAGAAGAAAAUAAUAAAAGAUUAUGUGAAGUAAAUAAUUAUUUAGAAAGUAUUAAGAGAAAAACAAAUGAAUCAAAAAAAGAAUUUGAGAAUAUGUUGAGUAAUAUAAAGCAAACUAAGGAAAUUUUGUUUAACAACAAUAAUGUUCUUCAUGACAUUUAUAAUAUUACAAAAAAUGUAAAUGAAAUAAAAGAAAAUUAUCCAAAGAAAGCAAUUGAACAAGACAUAGAAAGAAAAAUAAGGAAUCAUUCAAAUGAAAUUAAAAAAAUAAUAAAUGAAAAUAGAAACGAGAUAGAUAAAGGGAUAAGUAGUAUUCAAAAUAGUAAUGGACGAUUGAAAAGACAACAAUUAAUAAUUAAAAAUGUAAUGAAGAAAAUCAAAGAAGAAAAAAAAAUAAUGGAUACAUUAUUUGAUAGGAUAUCAGCAAGUGAUAAUUCAAACAUAAAUCCGAAAAUAAAAACUUGCUUAGAAGAAGCAGAAAAAUUAAUUAAAGAAUUAACUCAUAAAAUAGAUCAGAUAGAAAACUUAUUAAAAGGAAAUUAUAUUAAAAUAGAUAAAUUAAAAGAUAGAAAUAAUAUAACGAUAAAAAAAAGUAUUAUUAGAAAUUCUAAACAUGAUAAACAAAAAAGGGAAUCGGGUGAAAAAAGUAAUGAUGAAGAAAAUGGAAAAGAGAAGAAUAAUUCAUUUUAUACUAAAAAUAAAUUUGCAGGAGCAAUACUAUGUUUAUUUAUUUGUUCUAGUGCAUUUUUUGCUGCUUUUAAUAAACAUCAAGAAUAUAAUACUGAAAUAAAUAAUUUAUUUGAAGACAGUGGAGACAAUAAAAAUGACAAUAAUUCCUUUGAUAUACAUAAAGAAGAUGCAAUUGAUGUUACUUUUAUUGAAGAUGAAAUUACUUAA